AUGGCGCCGUUCGCGCGCGACGCGGUCGUCGCGCUGGACGCGGAGGCGGCGGCGCAGGCGCGCGCGCACGCGGGCUGGGGCGGGACGAGCGGGACGGGACGCGCGCGCGCGACGCGGGCGCUCGAGGCGUACGCGACGAUGGACGACGCGAUGGGCGACGAGGAAGAGGUCUGGGACGUCAGGGGGGAGCGGGUGCCGGCGGAGGCGCCGCUGGUGAUCUGCGUCGCGGGACGGCUGGGGGAGGCGGCGGCGAACGUGCGGCGGUGCGUGCGGGCGCGGCGACGCGCGACGCGCGCGACGGUGUUCGUCGGAUGCGACGAGGGCGAUGAGGCGCACGGGGCGUGCGUGGAGGCGCUGACGGAGGCGUGUGAAAGGAUUUUGAGCGACGCGGCGGCGGAAUUCGGGGAGACGCCGACGGGGAAUCGUUCGGGGGUGGGACGGAACGAAGAAGGAGACGAAGACGACGAAGAGGACUGGGGGAGUUGGGGCGACGAGGACGAGGCGAGAGACGAGGCGCCGGUGGAGGACUCGAGGGAGGGGACGGGCGAUGGGUGGAACGAUGCGCCGACGCCGACGUCGAAACAAGGGCGAAAUCGCACCGCCGCCGCGGACGCCGUCGCGGGUCGGUUUUCGGUCAAGUUUUUCCCUCCUAUGAUGUAUCGCGCGCUCGGCGACGGUGCGUUCACGCUUCCGCGAACGCGAACGAUGGGGUUGGUGAACGAUGCCGCGGCUGCGUUGACGGGGGAGUCGAAAGAGAAUCGCGUCAUCGGGCAUCACUUGGCUGAAAUCGCCGCGCACUGGGCGUUGGCGCCGGAUUAUUUCGCCCUCGGUCCGAACGCCGAAGCCGUGUCGCGCGUCGCAGCGCAAGCGAAGACCGAUCCCGUGGGCGUGGACACGACGGUGAAACCACGAACGGCGGCGAUCAUCGUCGUCGAUCGCGAGGUGGACUUGAUGACGCCGAGCGUGAGUCGAGACGGUUGGCUCGAGCGCGUGUUGGAGACGACGGACGACGAAGACGCGGCGUCUUCAUCGACCUACGUCGACCGCGUCACGGCGACGUUGUCCCCGCUCUUGAGCGAUGAAAAUGUUCUCACGUUAGAUGAAGCUCUGUGCGCGAAGACUGCGCGUGAUGGCGCUGUGCACGUGCGGAAGUUGCUGCGCGAGGCGGCUCGCGUGGAAUCCGUCGCCGCGCCGGCGGCGGAUGGAAAGAGCGCGCGCGUCGUCGGUGCUGACGAUAUUCUUAGCUUAGUGCGAGCGCUGGAGGUUGAUCCUAGCGUUGCUUUGCGUCAUCGCGCGUUGAUUCAGCGCGCAAAGCUCACCGCGCGGAGUUUGACGGAUGAGAACGACAUGAAGGCGAAUAGGCAAAUCAUCGCUUUGCAACGACUCACCGCCGCUGCGCUCGAGCGCCAAGCCACGGGCGUGUGCGCGACGGUGGUAGAGAUACUGAAAGUGAUGUAUUCUGCGGGAGGUACCGCCGUAGGUCACCCGAGCGAGGCGCUGGCGCUCGUCUUAGCGGCGUAUGUACUCGCGACGGAGGCGAACGUUCAAGCGCAGGCGCCGACGAACGCCGCGUCGCCGUUCACGGCGCAAGACGAGGCGUCCGUGCGCGACGCACUUUUGGGCGCACUACUGGCGAGCGAUCUCGCCGAUGUGAAGAAGCAAGUUCCAAGUUUCAACGCCAGUGCGCUCGAAGCGCUCGAAGCGCUUCAGAACGCGACCGCGGCCGCGGCCGCCGACGCGACGCCGACGCCCUCGAAAGAUGACGACGGUUGGGACGACGACGACGACGACGACUGGGGCGACGAUGAAUGGGGCAACUCUCCGACGGCGCCGAGUAAAUCCACGACGACGAACGCGAUGACGGCGAUCGACGAUCCCGAACUCGCCGCCGCCGCGCUCGAGGCGCGAGACGCCGUCGAGCGCGCGCUUCACAACUUCGCCCUCGCCGCGCAUCGCGGCCGCGCAUCGCUCAAGCACAACAUCCCAGAGUCUAACUCACUCUACGCCAACGGUCUACCCAACUCCAUCCUGCUCGACAUCAUCUCCCGCGUCAAGACGUCCGCCGACGACGGCGGCGCGUGCGCCGAUUUCGUCCACGUCGCCGCCUCCCUCGGCGGCUUACUCAAGCACGCCGCCGCCACCGCCACCGCAUCCAUCGUCACCGGCGCCAUGGGUCGUCUCGGCAACCUCAUCAACAAGGUCACCGCCGCCCCCAAACCAUCCGAUCGCGACGUCGUCGUCGUCUUCCUCCUCGGCGCCCUCUCCUCCGGCGAAUUCGCCGCCGCCCUCACCGCGCGCGCCCCCGAUCCCGCCGCCGCGCUCUUCGCCCGUCACAGGGAUCGCGAGUUCAUCUUCGGCGCGCUCGACCUCGCGUCCGCGCGCGCCAUCGCGUGA